AUGAUGAGGCUCAUUUUUAUCAAGGGUAUUCCGCUGAUAAUAUUUCAUUAUUGGGCGAAACCAUAUAAACGUGGAUUUUAUUGCGAUGAUGAAUCGAUUCGUUAUCCCUACCGUGAUUCAACUGUUCCUAGACAAAUGCUUAUUGUUAUUGGACUUUUUAUUCCUAUAGCUUUAAUUUUAGCAACAGAAAUUUUUCGAGCUAAAGCAUGGGAAAAGAAAUGCUCGCACCAGUUUAAUACUUAUCGAUGUCGAAAAUUCACCAUUCAUCGAUUAAUUGUUCGGUUAUACGUUUUUGUUGGUUAUUUUCUUCUUGGUGUUAUUUUUAAUCAGUUGAUGGUUGAUAUCGCUAAAUACACCAUUGGACGCCACCGCCCCCAUUUUAUUGAUGUUUGCAAGCCAAAGGUAACAACCAUUUACAAAUAA